GUGGCCCUGAGGGAGGCAGUCUGCCUCCCAGCACAGCUACCUCCCAGGCCAAGAGACUUCAACCGCCUCAACAUGCGACUUCUAGUCCUGUCCGGCCUCAUCUGCAUCUUGCUGCUCUGUGUCUCCAUCCUUUCCGGGGAAGCGAAAAGGCUUCGGACCAAGAUACGGAAACCCAGGCUCUGCUGCCGCCCAGCUCCUGGCUCUAACCUUCGCGGGAACCGCAUCAGGCUGUGCAGACCAUGCAGGCCCAAGCCAGUGCCAACGCGGUCCUGGGUAGUACCCGGGGCUCUCCCGCAGGUGUAGCACUUCUACCCUGCCCUUCCACCCAGGCUACGGCACUGACACGGGAAGCCUGAGCCCCAUCCACCUGAGCAGCCCUGAACAGUGAUGGAGAUGGCCUCCGCUCAGGAGCAAGAGCUCCUAGGAGCCCAGAACGCCUCCAGGUCCUGGUGCACACAAGCAGGCUUGGCCGAGGGCUCAGGCCCCCUCAGUGCGGCAGUCAAGGAAUCCUCCGUGACCUGGAGCAGCUACAGAUGCAGACAUGCCCGUCCCCUGGAAAAGGGAGCAGCAGGACCAGGAGGUCAGCCAGGACUGCAGUCUCAGGCACCCAGGCCUGUGGCACCGGACCCCAACAUCCCAUGACCUCAAAAAGGCCCUCCACCUAGCUUCCUGAUGUGUGUCAGCUGGAAAGAGGCCCCAAGCAAACACAUAAUCAAUAAACAUAUGCAAAAUGCAGGGUGCAUCCUUGGUUGGGAGAAGCACCAGCGGCCUGUGCCACACGUGUACCCGC